AAGUUGAGGUUCGGAUGAAGAGGCAAAAUGGCAGCUGAUACUACUGAAUGGAAAAUAAAGAAACUAAUACAAGAUUUAAAAGAUCAAUAUUCGAAGACAGUUCGAAAUAAUCCUGACACAGUAGCUCAGAUAGAAUCAGCUGUCAGAAUUUUGUCAUUUCUUGUCGCAGGUCGUUUUGAAAAUGGAGAAAUUCUUUCUGAAUUGAUAUAUUCAGCUUCCAAUCUACUUGUCUUCUUAAAUGACAGUGUCUUUAAAGCAGCUUCCAAAUAUGUUUCCAAAGUUGUGAAUGUAACAAAAGAAAAGAUAAAGAGAUGGCUUACAGUGUUAGAAUAUACAGAAGUGUUUCUGGAAAUGGCUGCCAAGAAGAAAUGGGGAACAAAAGGUGCAUGGAUCGUCAUCACAAUCAUACAAAUCAUGAAAACUGCAUUAAGAUUUUAUGUGUUGGUAAAAUUAGAUGGAGGUAUUGGUAGUACUCCUGCUAUACAACCUGUGGAUAGAGAAAUCCUGAAGACUGCAGAAGAUGAACAUGAUAAUCUGGAGGAUGCCUGGGACGAGGAAGCAGCAUACAGUGCCCAGGAAAAAACCUUCACCUUACAGAGCUCUGGUCGACAAAUACGUACACUUCAAGCUGCGGAACCAGGAAUGAGAACUUGGGGUGUUCCGGAGUCUGGUACUCAAUCACCCCAAAACAGUGUACUGAACCGUAAACGGAAAAUGUUAAACCAGCCUGCAUCCAAACUUACCAAGCAGAGAAAAUGGGCAGAGGGGUUACAUAUUGCCAGACCAAUGGCCCAUUUAAUCAGUAUGUACAUAUCAGGACUAGAUUCCUGGAAACCGUUCUUACUGGCCUGUGGAAUGGAUGUUACUAGUAUGUAUUUGAUGGGGGAUACUAAAGAUUUAAAUGCUAAAGAGAAAGCUGAGUUAAAGAGACGCAAUAUGAUGUUACUGUACUAUUUGAUGAGAUCACCAUUUUAUGAUAAAUAUACAAAGAUGCGAUUUAUUGCAAUCUUCAGAUUCAUUGCUCAGUAUGUGCCAUUAUCAGGGUUUAUCAUCAGACCAUUAUUGGAAUAUCUUCCAACAUGGCAGAGAAUGUACUUCUAUGUCUGGACCUUAUAAGAAGUGGCUGUACUUGAAAAAAACAGCGUUAACCAAUACAAGAAAUGGGGCCAUAUAUCAAGGUGAACUGCAAACUUUGAUGUGCCUAUUUUAUUUGUUUGUGAUUGAAAAGAAAAAAAUGUGACAUAUAUUUAAUGGCUAUUCUGUGAUUCCAUUAUUGUCCCCCGCCUUUUCGAAGAAAAAAGGGGGAUAUAGAAAUAGGCUCCGUCUGUCCGUCCGUCUGUCCGUCCGUACGAACCCAGAGGUACUUGUGUGACGUGGAGAACAAUAGGUUAACAGUAAAUUCUCUUUGAUCCUUUUCAUUCCGUUUUUACUUGUGUGUCUUUUAUAAGGCCUUGUGUGACUAAAAAUGGCAAAUAAGAUGAAAGGAAAAGUCACAUAAGUACCAUUUUGUGAGUACGUCCGUCCGUCUGUCACACUUUCGUGUCUGGUCCAUAACUUUGUCAUUUAUUAAAGGAAUUUGAAAUAACUCGGCACAAAUGUUUGUUAUAAUAAGACGAUGUGUCAUGCGCAACAACCUGACCAGGUUCAAGGUCGCACUUCCUCAUUUAAGAUCAACAUUGUCUAUUUGAGGGUAUAUGUCGUUUAUAUAACUUUCUUAUCUUUGAAGGGAUUUUGUAAGUACUUGCCACAAUUGUUAACAAUAAUGAGACGAUGUGUCAUGUGCAACAACCAGUCACCUACCUCCAAGGUCAAGGUCACACUUGGAGGUCAAAGAUUAACAUAGUCUGUUAUAGGGUAUAUUUUGUGUCCGAUCUAGAACGUCUUCAUAGUUCAAGGGAUUUUGAAAUAACUUGGCACAAAUAGUCACAAUAAUAAGACGAUAUGUCAAGUACAACACCUGCACCCCUACCUCCAAGGUCAAGGUCACACUUAGAGGUCAAAGGUUAACAGAGUCUGUUAUAUGGUUUAUUUUGUGUCUGAUCCAUAACUUUUUCAUAGAUCAAGGGAUUUUGAAAAUAUUUGGCACAUAUAGUCACAAUAUUAAGAUGAUAUGUCAUGCGCACUAACCUGUCACCUAACUCCAAGGUCAAGGUCACACUUGGAGGUCAAAGAUUUACAUAGUCUGUUAUAAGGUAUAUUUUGUGUCCUGGCCAUAACUUUUUCAUGGAUCAAAGGAUUUUGAAAAUACUUGGCACAAAUAGACACUAUAAUAAGAGGAUGUGUCAAAUCGCAACACCUCCUUCCCUACUUCCAAGUUCAAGAUCUCCCUUAGAGGUCAAAAUUUAACAUAGUC